UAAUCUAUGAAGGAAAAGAAUAGAAUCUUUAAGAGAAAAUAUUAUUUAGAUCGCUAUGUGCAUGGGCACAGGGCGAGAGUAAAACUUUAUAAAAAAAAUAAUAUAAUAGUUUAUUUUUACAUCAUUUUGUGCAUUUUUCCAUCUCAGUUGCAAUCCCCUUGGGGAGAGUAAACCUUUUAAAGUAAAAGCUGCAGACUAGAAAAGUUAGCUAAUCCAGAUCUUGGGAAAGUGUUCCAGGCAGACAGGACAGGCUGUGAAGAGCGCCUGGGUUGGGAAGGGCUUGGCAUGCUGGGGGGACCAGCCCAGGCCAGCGUGGCUGGAGUUCUCGUGGACGAGGACCAGGUUGGGGCGAACACUCAGGGGAGCCACUGAAAGCUUUUGAGAAGGAGUCACUGCGUUUCACAGGAAUUUCUGUAGAUCAGAGACCCCAAGGAGGGGCCCAUGUGGGUGUGAGGCAACUAAUUAGGGGGUUCCUUCAGUCCUCCAGGUGAGGGUUGAUGGGGACUGAGGACAUGGGUUCGUGAAUGCCCAGACCUUAGGACACGGUGGAGUUUGUGGAGUAAGAUGAGAUCAUUCCUUCUCCCGUGUCUUGCUUUCCCAUGGAGGCGGCUGAGGUGGGACUUACCUCACAGAGCCUUCCGCUCAUCAGGCCCAAGUAGGGACUAGUGCUGAGUUCUGGAAUUGGGGGUUGGGAGCAGUGGGUGCUUAGCCUGGUCAUUGUGGUAAGUUCAUGGCCUCCAGGCCUCAGCAGGGCUUACCUGUGUUACUCCUCCACCCCACACUGUCCCGUCUGUCUGAGAGGAAGCUGGAACACAGCCCUCUGGAAGCGGAUCUGGUUUGCUUUCUGCAGAGCUACCAGCGGCAGACGCUGGGGACUGGUGGGGCUCAGCAACUCUGGUGGAGAAAGCCCACCAAUGGGGGACAAUGAUUAGAGAUGCCCCCCCAGCUGGAGCCAGGCUGCUCUCACGGCCUUUUCUAGCUGCCAAGACCUAGAGGAAGGGAAACUGAGGCCACCGGUGAGAGUAGCGUAGCUCACAUGUAGGAGAGUGAGUAGGAUGAGGGUCACUAGCAUUGAGAAAGGGGGUCAGAGACACUGGAGAGGUUGCUCAGGCCCCCUCUGGGUGGUGUCCUGCAUGGCCUCAGUAUCUUUAGAGAAGGGUGUUGGGUCCUGAUAAGUUUGUUCAGCAGUUGUGGCCACAUGAACCCCAAAAAGGGCCCCCCCCCAACAGAAAAUGCCUCCCUCACCUACAGUUCUCUCCAGCCUAGGAAAGAUCAGAGGUGUGGCCAUAGCAGCACCCUAGCAGGAUGGGAUGUAUCUGCCCACGACCAGGCCAGCACCCCCACCCGGCUGGGAAGCGGACUUGGCCUGAGGCCUGAACUGGGACCAGCAACACGGCGUCUGUGAGCCAGGACUCAGCCGCAGGGUUCGUUGUGGGAGGCCGAGCAGCACAGGCAGCAGGCUGCACUUUGAUUUCAUUUGAUUCCCUCCCGAAAUGACAUUAAGAAUGUGAACACAGGAGAACCGCCUGUCUGGAAAGGCAGCAAGCUUGUCUCUCCCAGACCCGACGAGCUGGCGCUGUAGGCCAGACAGGUGCACAGGACAGGCGUGCUGGCCCCAGGGACGCAGGGGAGGCCAGUGGCAGGGCCCCAAGCCCAGGCUGUGCCGGGGGGGUUUGGACAUCAGCCCCCGGAGGGCCCUGCCGGUCUUCCUGGGGGCAGUGGUGAGCCACAGUGCCAUUGCUGCUCUGCCUCUCCAAUCAAUGGAACAAUUAAUUUGGCUCCAUGGACUCGAGAAGAUGAAAUAUGACCCGGUGGCCACUGCUCUUCAGCAUUCCAGUCUGUCCAGUCGUCUAGGAUGAUGAACAAGCUACCGAGAUUGCACUGGAGAGUCAUAAUCACGGGAAACACGGCCAGCCCCGCCCUCCACAUCCAUCACGCUCAGAAGCACACACAAUGAUGUUUGAGUCGGAGGCUGAUGAGAAGAGGGAGAUGUCCUUGGAGGAAGAGAAGGGGCCAGGUGCUAAGGACUCCCUACCCAGCAAGGACACCUCUCCUGGCCAGCAGUCUUCUCCGGGACAAGGGCUUCCACCCAGUAAGGACUCAGAGUCUUCCGGCCAAGAAUCGGUGUCCAGUGAAGCGCCACCUGCUUGCAAGGAAGGCCCUCCAGCCCAAGAACUCGCGCCAAGCCAGGACUCCCUCCCAGGCCAGGAAGUCCCUACGGCCCCCGACCUCCCUCCGUGCCAGGACCUUCCUGCCGGGCAAGAGCUCCCUCCCACACAGGACCCCCCUCCCACCCAGGACCUUCCUCCCUGUCAGGACCCGCCCUCCAGCCCGGUGCUGCUGCCAGCUGAGGCCCUUGCUGAGGAGACCACGAGUUCUGGGGACCCACUAGCAGCUACCGGGGACCCGCCCGUGGCCCCCAAGCCGGCCUUCGUGAUCCCUGAGGUCCGGCUGGAUAGUGCCUACAGCCAGCCAGGGGCAGAGGGGGGCAGCUCGGGCGAUGAGGACGACGCCGAAGAGGAGGGGGACGAGGGGGACGAGGGUGAGGACUACGAGGACGAGGACACGAGCGAUGACAACUACGGCGAGCGCGGCGAGGUCAAGCGGAGCAGCAUGAUCGAGACCAGCCAGGGCGCCGACGGGGGCCUCUCUCUGCGGGUGCAGAAUUCCUUACGGCGCCGCACCCACAGCGAGGGCAGCCUGCUGCAGGACACCCGCGGGCCCUGCUUCUCCUCCGACACCACCCUGCACUGCUCGGAUGGCGAGGGCGCCACGUCCUCCUGGGCCAUGCCUUCGCCCCGCACGCUCAAGAAGGAGCUGGGCCGCAACGGCGGCUCCAUGCACCACCUUUCCCUCUUUUUCAUGGGCCACAGGAAGAUGAGUGGGGCGGACACGGUUGGGGACAGUGACGAAGCCUCCCAGAAGAGAAAGAGCAAAAACUUAGCCAAGGACAUGAAGAACAAGCUGGCCAUCUUCAGGCGGAGGAAUGAGUCCCCUGGGGCCCAGCCAGCGGGCAAGGCAGACAAAAUGAUGAAGUCCUUGAAGCCUACCUCGGAAGAAGCCCUCAAGUGGGGCGAGUCCUUGGAGAAGCUGCUGCUUCACAAAUAUGGGUUAGCAGUGUUCCAGGCCUUCCUUCGCACUGAGUUUAGUGAGGAGAACCUGGAAUUCUGGCUGGCGUGUGAGGACUUCAAGAAGGUCAAGUCACAGUCCAAGAUGACAGCGAAAGCCAAGAAGAUCUUUGCUGAGUACAUCGCAAUCCAGGCGUGCAAGGAGGUAAACCUGGACUCCUACACACGGGAGCACACCAGGGGCAACCUGCAGAGCGUCACGCGAGGCUGCUUCGACCUGGCACAGAAGCGCAUCUUCGGGCUCAUGGAAAAGGACUCGUACCCACGCUUCCUCCGCUCGGACCUCUACCUGGACCUCAUUAACCAGAAGAAGAUGAGUCCUCCACUUUAGAGGCUGCCAGGGUAGAUAGAACUCACUGUUGACGCCAAGCGGGCUGGGGCCCCCUCCCACCCGCCUCCCUCCCCUCUGCAGCAGAGGGGGCAAGCACGCCCCCGGAGGUUACGUCUUUGGACAGACAGAUGGACAUUUGGAUGCGAGGCCUGGACCAAGAGAGACCCAGGCCACUGGAGGAGUAGAAGGUCUGGCCCUGGGUGGGGGGGGCUCCCCACUGCACCGGUACAAGGGGGCUCAAGGGCCUUGGCAGGCUGGGGACCCUGGCUGAGCCAGAUCUGGAGCUCCUGCUCCCUGCUAAGGAGACUCUGAGUUGACCAAGUUCCUCAAAGAACUGGCUGAUGGGGCAGGGGACCCGGGGCUGGGCUCAGGGGUCCUCCUGGGUCGCGGGGGCCACUGGGACUCAACUCAGACCCUCGCCUGAGUUUUAUUUAUUUCAACGGUAGUUGGAUGCUUGGCACGUCGUCCUGUGAUAGGAAACCUUUGCCUCAUCAGUUUUCCUAAUUUACAAGUGCAAUAUUUUAACCAACGCCUUGUGAAAAGCCGCCUCGACAGAAGGUGGGCACCACUUUCCAGCAUCAGGGGAUUCGCUGGUCCUGGAUACCAGCGGCAGGCAGCUGGGUCUUGUAACGGGGCCUGAGGGGCGUGUGCUGCAGCCUGACCUCUCAUGGAAAUGCAGCACCCCUGGGUCAGGUGUCCCUGGGGGGCUCCGGGAAAGCGUGGCACCCUCAGACCACACAGUAGCCAAGUUCUGGAGCAAAUAAAAGGCCUGUGUUAUUUCUUGUUG